GCUCAAAUUGGGGGAUUUUCGGGUUAUAGCGUCAGCGGAGCGUGUCGGAUGAUGCGUAAGAAACGUUCGGGCGGCGGAAUGGACGCGACGGUCGACGAGCUGAGCGCGGCGUAUAAGGAGUUCGUGGCGGCUGCGGUGGCCGUGAUGGAAGCUCGCGAGCAGUCGGGCGGCCAGAAGACGGCAGCCACAGACGCGGCGCUUGAAGCCUUCAAGCAGCGAUGGGAGCUCUUCCGCGUCUCCUGCGACCACGCCGAGGAGCUCGUUGAGUCCAUCCGCCAGCGCAUCGGCUCCGAGUGUCUCGUCGACGAGGCCACGGGAUCUUCCUCUUCCGCCUCCGCGCCCGCAAGCGUCGCGCUGGCUGCCCCCGGCAUCAAGCCAAUCAGCGCCGUCCGCCUCGAGCAGAUGAGCAAGGCCGUCCGCUGGCUCGUUAUCGAGCUUCAGCACGGCGCCGGAGGGCCCUCAGCUGCCGGACCUGGCGGUGGCGUCUCAACCCCGGCUGCCGGCGCCGGAGGGCAGCAUGUGCACGGCGGGGUCGAAUCGCGCUUCCCCGAGGAUGGCACCCAGUAGGUCAGGGACAGUGUUCGGGCCAGGUAGCUAAUCAAAUGUCCCAGAAAAUAAUGCACAAUGUCACAGCCUACAAGAUUGUCAGCUUAUCUAAACCCUACUAAGAUAGGGCUAUCGACCUAUGAUAUCUCCGAAUAUUAGUUUUGGCUCAUCUGGAUUUCUUACUGCUCUUGCAUAUGAUAUGUCCUGAGUGCUUUCCAAGAUUUCCAAUUUUCUAGUGAA